GUGACAACGUCGCGAAGAGUGUGUGUAAAAACUAAAACAUGGUGCCGGUGCAAAAAUGAAAAAAAAUUGUAAUUUGUUGAUCAAUCAGCACACAUAACUCUCGCCAGUUAGAAAAUUGAAUAGUGCGUCAACGAACUACUAAAACUUAUCCUUUUCUCAGUCCCAAACAUAUUAAAAUUCAAAACAGUAGUUGCUAUAACCAUCACAAAAUGGCUAAUUGUGUAAAAACUAAGACGUAGCUUUUUGUAAUAAACAGUGUACAGACGUCCACAGCUUAUAUGCUUUCCCCAAACCUUCACAACGACAGGUCCUACCUUGCCAACUUUCAGUGAAAAAUUGUAAAUAAAUAAGUUUCAUAAGAUAGUUAUCAUGAAAGUAUACUGGAAUCUAAUAGUUUUCAGUUGUCAUUUGAUUUGAUUCAUCAUCUUUUUUGGUAAAAACAUUAUAUAACGCCGCUGACCGAAAAUUAAUUAAGGUCAGUGACGCAACAAUUAAUAAUAAUAAUAAUAAGUAAAUUACGUAUCUGAUACGCCUUCUUAUAUUGAUCGGAUAGAUACUGAUCAAUAUAAGAAGGCGUAUCGUAACAAAUUACAUUCUAUUUACGUUUCAAUUGGGCCGGCGUAACCAUGUCUUUCUUGGGUAAAAAAUACACAUUAGAUAGAGAAGAAAACUUCGAUGGGUUCCUUAAGUUUAUCGGUCUCCCCGAAGACCAGAUCCAGAAACAUUCGCAGUUCAAGCCUACAGCUGUAUUGACCAAGGAAGGCAACAAAUACAAGUCCAUCACCGUCAACACCGACGGUCCAAAGGAGUCAGUUUUUGAGUCCGGUGUGCCUUUCGACGAAGUCGUCCCAGGUGGAUUCAAGGUAAAAACCAUGUACAUAGUCGAUGGCAACACCGUAACUCAGACUGUAGAGAAUCCCAAUGGCAUAGCAACAUUCAAAAGGGAAUACAGUGGCAACGAACUAAAAGUUACUGUCACAGCCGAUAAAUGGGACGGCACUGCCUAUCGAUACUACAAAGCUUAAAUAAAUUCUAUUUAUUUACACUUUUAACUUUUAAAUACAGUUGCUACUUUAUUUAA